AUGAUUGCCUUCUUCUUGGGAAUUUUGUUCUUAUGUCAAAGCCAUGGUACUUUUUCUCAAAAUAGCACAGGGGAUUAUCCUGAUGCCAACGAGGUUAUAAAGAAGCUACCUCAAACAUUCAUGCUUCAAUCACUUCAAAAUAAAAGGAAUUUAAUAUGCGGUUAUCAACAUUUCCGCAAUAAGAUCAAGGGAGGUCAGACUUACAGAAAAUUUAAUUUAAUAUUUGAUUACACGAAAUUUACAAUUAGUCAAGAUCUCUAUGUAAAAAACCUGACUGGCUACAAAAUUUUCAUGGGCAAUGAACCAGCCUGUUACCUGAUGGUCACAAAGAAACACUUUUCUAGACCACAAAAAAGAUGCAGACGAAAAUUCCAAGAACACUGCAAAGGUCCUGCGUUCAACUAUACUAUAACUGGCUGUCCUUACCCAAAGACCCACAUCUGA